UUGUUUGGCGUCAUUCAAGGAAACAAACUUGGAGUUCUCAUCGAAACAUCCAGCGUAGAUUAUGGAUCAGGACUGCAAGGACUUCAAAUGGAUCUCUUGGCAUUAAUUAACGAGCAGCUGCAUUACAUGAAAAAACUCUACUUUAUUUCAUUCGGAAGUGAGACCUCAGCUCUGUGGGAGGAACCGCGCACCGUCAAUGAGGAUCGAUUAAAUGAAGCCAGGCAGUGGGUCCAGGAGCUGGAACCUACCAGAGGCUGCAAUUUGCUAAAAGCUUUAAAGAAAGUCCUGCUGAUGAGAGAAUUGGAUUCACUGGCGAUCAUAGUUGGAACCUGACUUGCAACAGCACAGAUAUUCAGCUAGUUCUUUCUGAGCGGCAGAAAGCAGAGAGCGUGCUGGAGGUUGUGAACGAGAUCUACGAGGGCAGGAUGGGUGACUCGCUCUUCAAUUUAGUGACAAACAAUUCAGCGGAGCGCAUGAGGUCGUCAUCUCUGGUGCAACUGUCCAAACCCUUCCAGCACGAGCGCCUUCUUGCAAUCCAGAUCCCCAACCUCUUGGCCAAAUCUUCCGCGGAGUGGUUGAAAACCAAUGGAUUGCGAGCCAAGAAACUCAGCCUGUACCAGGUCUUAGCCCCCAACGCUUUCUCGCCCGUGGAAGAAUUUGUGCCGGUCCUUCGCAAAACAGUCUCGUCCACUCUGCACGGGAAAGCCAUGAUGCAGUUUGAAUGGCACGAUGGGACCAUGAAAAACAUUCACGUCGAUCCUCCGAUAUUAUACGAUUACCAGAAGCAACUCAGGCAGACGGUGAAGAUGUACGAGAGACGCAUUGAUUGGCUGUCUCUUUCCAGCAGAAGAAUUUGGGGAACAGUUUGUGAAAACAGGUACCAAGAUUGGACUUCCAUCCAGUUCAAAUGCCAUCUUGCCUUUUAUUUCUACAUCUAUCUGUUCCUCUUGUCCAAUCCCUUUUCAAUACUUCACACCCUGGUUUAAUAGGAGGGAAACUUCCCGGUCCAUGUGCUAAAAUAAUACCGUGUUUUCCCCAAAAUAAGACCGGGUCUUAUAUUAAUUUUUUUAUCCAAAAGACGCAUUAGGGCUUACUUUUGAGGAAAUACAGUAAUUAUUUAUUAUUUAUUAUAAUGUAUA